CUUUGUGGCUGUGGUAACUAGUGAUGACCCACUUAUUGGCCCUAUGGACUUUCCAUACUCGGCAUUGAGAAGUAAAGUGAAACGUCUGCCUGCAUUUUACGACAUUUCGCCGUGCAUGUGAUUUGCAUAUCGGAUAAAGUAAAAUGCCAACUCUAAAGUGCCAAUGAUUGCAGAAAAUAGUCAGCUAGAGUCGUUAUCAAUCGGUAGUUUAUGUUGCUGUGUUUGCCUUGUUCUUUCUAAACCUGACCACACUGCGCCUGGUGUGGAGAGAGGAAUAGCAUACCGUAGAAAGUAGAAUAGAUAUGCAGUAGCAACAACAAGCCUUGGCUCGUGUGAGAUGAUUGGAUUUUAAUUUCUUUGAAUCAAAUCUAACCAAAAGCUUCAAUUGCUACCUGCAGAAGCAGACAAAAAUGUUGUUUAUAGAAUAGCACACCAGACUUCGUUGGUUUGCAGCCUCUGGUUUUACCCACACCCUUUCUGUUCGGAUAUAUAACACAUCAGAGAAAAUGGCGGAACUUGAGAAGGAAGGACUGAACCAAACAAUGCAGGAGAACCAAGAUGAAGAUGAGCCCCAUUAUACUGAUGACGCUAAGACAAGCAAGAUGCAAGACGACGCAAGUUUCGAGGAAAAGCUCAUUGAAGAGGUCAGAAGGUACAACAAUUUGUACAACACCUCAUUGAAAGACUAUAAAGACUUCACAAUAACCAGCAACAGCUGGAAGGAGAUAGCCCAAACUCUGAGAGUAGAAGAACAGAUUUGCAGGACGAAAUGGAAGAAAUUGAGAGACCGAUAUGUCAGACUGAGGAGGAAAAUUAAGGGGAAGAGUGGGGAUGCAGCAUCAGGAAUACAAACACAAAUACUCACCACGCUGUCCUGGCUGUCUGGCUUCAUUAAACACAAGGAGACGAAGUCAGACUAUCCACAGGCAGAGGAGAUGGACACCUCAGAAGACCUGCAAGAUGACAACCUGAUCGAGGGGGACCUCUUCCACAGUUCUAAUAAUGAGCAGCAAGAUGGACAUUUGGUAGUUAGGAGGAAUGUUAUAUUAGAACGAACAAAAUUCAACCAAAGACAACAGGAAGCAGGAGAGACAGCUGAUGAUUUUAUCACUGCACUUCAUUGUUUGUCAGAACAUUGCGGUUAUGGAGCUCUGCUCAGUGAGAUGAUAAGAGACCGACUAGUCGCAGGCUUACAUGACAGAAGAUUGUCCAAGCAAUUACAAAUGGACCCAGAACUCACACUGGAUAAAGCUGUCACACGCAUUCAUCAAACUGAAAUUGUGGAAAAGCAACAGUACCUGCCGGAGAAUAACUUCAAAGCUGCCAGCAGAAGAGAAAAUGAAGGCUGUGUGCUUUCAUAUAGAAAGCAUCAAUGCCCAUCCAAUGUCCAGUGCCAAUCAGAGAAGAAGAAUCAACACUCAGAAAGGCUACAACAACCCCAAACAACACAGGAGAAGGAAGAGGAGCCCCUAGAUACUAAUGACACGGAUGGCUUCAGUCCUGGAGGAGAAAAGCCACACUACUGCGCCUACUGCAGUAGGAGCUUUCAAAAAGUGAGGGAUCUUAUAAGACACCGACGAACACAUACUGGAGAGAAGCCUCACCACUGCCCUGAUUGCGGCAGAAGUUUUGCUCGAUUAGAUAAGCUUAAAUUACACCAGCAAACGCAUACUGGAGAGAAGCCUCACCACUGCCCUGAUUGCGGCAGAAGUUUUGCUCGAUUAGAUAAGCUAAAGAUCCACAAAGAAAUACACAUAGGAGUGAAGUCUCAUCACUGCCCUGAUUGCAACAGAGGUUUUGCUCGUUUAGAUAAGCUUAAGUCACACCAAAAAAAACAUGCAAAAGACAAACAUAUUUGUCACUCUUUUGACUGUGUGAAAAGUUUUGUCCUAUUGGAGAAGCUUGAAAAACACCAGCUGGAGAAUACCUUCAAAGCUACCAGCAGUGCAUCCAAUGUAGACUGGGUGCUCACACGGCAGAGAACAUUCAGCAAAGUCAGAGAGAGUAAAAGGCAGCAGAGUAAAGUACGAGCUAGAGCUCCAGGAAAGAGAACACCAACACAUAGCAAAACAGUACAGGAGAAGGAAGAGGAGCCCCUAGAGACUGAUGAUUCUGAUGAUUGGAUCGAGGGUUUCAGUCCUGGAGGAGAGAAGCCACACUACUGCUUUGACUGCGGUAAGAACUUUAGAAAAGUGAGGGAUCUUAUAAGACACCAGCGAACACAUACAGGAGAGAAACCUCACCACUGCCCUGUUUGUGACAACUUUCGCUAGAUUAGAUAAACUUAAAUUACACCAAGAAAUACAUACAGGAGUGAAGCCUCACCACUGCCCUGAUUGUGAGAAAAGUUUUGCUCGAUUAGAUAAUCUUAAAUUACACCAAAAAAUACAUAUUAAAGAGGAACAUAAUGUCACACUGAACCAUCAAACUGAAAUGAAUGUAGACUGUGUGCACACACAGCAGAGAACAGCCAGCAGAGGCAGGCAGAAGAGUAAAAUGCGAGCUAGUGCACCAGGGAAAAGAAUGGUCCAGUCACAGCCAGGCAAAGACUCCCCUUACAAAAGUUCAGUUCGAAAGAAUCAACACUCAGAAAAAUUGCAACAACCCCAAACAAUGCAGGAGAAUGAAGAGGAUCCUGAAGGUACUUCUGAUAACUGGACCGAAAGUUUCAGUACUGUAGAGAAGCCAUACAUCUGCUCCGACUGUGGUAAGAGCUUCAGACUAGAGAAUCGUCUUAUAAGACAUCAGCGAACACAUACAGGAGAGAAGCCUUACGACUGCCCUGACUGUGACAAAAGUUUUGCGCGAUUAGAUCAUGUUAAGUCACACCAAAAAACACACAUGAAGGAGGAACGUAAUUUCCGCUGCUCUGACUGUGUGAAAAGCUUUGUCCGAUUGGAACAGCUUGAAAAACAUCAGCUAACACACAAGAAAAGUUAUAGCUGUUCAAAGUGUGAGGAAAGGUUUUCAGACCUGGUUGACUGGAAAGCACACUUUUUAGUACACAGAGAGAUCCUCCACUGUCCUGACUGUAACAAGCAGUUCUUGUACAAGGGACUUUUUGAUAGACACAGGAGAACACAUUUGAGAAAAAGAGAGAAAUUUCUCUGCACAAUAUGUGGGAAGGAGAUUCACAACUUUAAAAUACACAUGCGAGUACACACUGGAGAGAAACCAUAUCACUGCACUGAGUGUGGGAAGAGUUUUGCAUAUACAAAAUCGUACAAAACACAUAUAUUAACACAUACCUCUGGAGAAAGAGCAACCUAUCCUUGUUUGGAAUGUGGAAAGACAUUUACUCGCAUAGAUGGCAUGGUGAGACACGUGAGGAGGGUUCAUACUGGAGAGAGAAAUCAUCAGUGCGGAGACUGUGGAAAACGAUUCUUUCGAAAAGAGUCACUGAAGAGACACAGUCUUGUUCACACUGGAGAGAAACCAUACCAAUGCUCUAUCUGUGGGCAACGCUUCUCCCAAGAUGGCGACAGAAAACGCCACGAGAAGAGGCACUACUCUGGUGUCUCAGAUUUCCUCGAUCUAUAAUGCAGAAGUGGUGUUUGGCAUUGCAGGAACCCACCCAAUGUGAUUUCUAACCAGUUGUUCUUUUGCCUCCAGGUGGCCUGGAAUUGCCACCACAGACUGUAAAAAAGACACAGACAGACUGUUGCUGAUACACAACAAGUCUGAGUAUUACUGUUUUCAUAGCAGUAUAUUUUUUACAAUUAUUUAAAAUGUGUUUUAAUAUUUUGUUUCAAAAAGGCAUAGUAUACUAUCAAUAGCAGUCAUUGUUAAAUGAUGGGCCUUCCCCAUAAGUGGUUGCAGUCAGCUAUAUUGUAUUAAAGAUGAGAAUUACAGAUCUAUAACACACAUUUGUGAAUUUGGUCGGGUCGCCUAAGAAGUUACAUACUGCAGCUUUAAUGUUGAUAUUUUGAUUAUCAGGUGGGCCACACGCUACUUUAAAAGAAUGCCUAUGAAAGGUUCCCAACUACAACCUUCAGUGAGUGUAUACGUUUGUCUGAAAUGUGCUCUUAAGCUGCCAAGGUCAAACAAAUUCUCCAGCUGGCUGCCACCUGUGAGGUAUCAGCGACCCAGAGUUAGGGCAGGGCGGUCAUCUACAGAUCAGAUGCACCACUGAACGCUACAGACAAAAUCCAAUACCUUGCCUGGCUACCCAUUUACAUCGAUCCAGCCAACUGACGUUUCUUCUCCACUAUGAGUCUGCAUUUGCCUUAGAUUUCUAGAAUACAAACACCAUUCUGACCGUUCUGAUUGGUCCCAGAAAUCCAGCCUCCAUGAUGAUGUUAUCACUUUUGAUACUUUGCAUGGAUAAGAUUUGUUAGACUAUCUAAUCGCUGAUUAAUUUGUUUUGUACAAUGCUCCUCAUUUUGAAGUCGCACAAACGACUUCUAGGAUGGCAACGCCUUCAGAAAGUAUUCAUACCCCUUGACUUAUGCCACAGUCUGUUGUGUUUAAGCCUGAAUUCCUCACCCAUCUACACACAUUACCCCAUAAUGACAGUGUGAAAACAUGUUUUUGAAAUGUUAGCAAAUGUAUAGAAAAUGAAAUACAGAAUUUACACCCCUUUCAUAUGAAACUCCAAAUUGAGUUCAUGUGGAUCCAAUUCCCUUCGAUCAUCCUUGAGAUGUCACUACAACUUAAUUGGAGUCCACCUGUGGCUUUAUAUAGACAGGUGUGUUUCUUUCAAAAGUCCCACAGUUGUCAGUGCAUGUCAGAGCAGAAACUAUACCCUGAAGUCCAAGGAACUGUCCAUAGAUCUCAGAGAGAAUUGUGAUGAUGCAUAUAUCCAGGAAAGGAUAUCGUAUAAAACAAUUUCUAGAGUGUUGAAAGUUUCCAAGAGCACAGUGGUCUCCAUUGGAAAAGUGAAAAAAUGCGGAACUACCCAGACUGCCUAGAGCUGGCCGUCCGACUAAACUGAGCAACCGGGUAAAAAGGACCUUGGUCAGGGAGGUGACCAAGAAUCCAAUGACCAUUCUGAAAGAACUAGAGUUCCUUGACUGAGAUGAAAAACCUGUCAGAAGGACGACAGUCUCUACAGCACUUCACCAAUCUGGGAUUUACGGGAGAGUGACCAGACAGAAGCCACUUCUUGUGAAAAAGGCACAUGACAGCACCCAUGGAGUUGCAGAAAAGUAUGAAGGACUGAAAGAAUAAGGCAAAUGAUUCUGUGGUAUGAUAAGAUCACUUACUCUUUGGCCUGAAUGCAAAGCGCUAUGUCUGGAGAAAACCAGGCACAAUUCAUCACCCGUCUUUUCAGUGGCAUGGACUGGGAGACUGGUAAGGAUGGCGGGAACAAUGAAUGGAGCCAGACACAGGCAGAUCCUUGAUGAGAACCUGCUUCAGAGUGUAAACGACCUUAGACUGGGGCGAAGAUUUCCAUUCCAACAGGACAAUGACCCCAAGCAAACAGCCAAAGCAACGCUGGAAUGGCUUCAGAACAAGACUGUGAAAGUCCUUGAGUGGCCCAGACUUGAAUCCCAAAAUCUGUGGAAAGACUAAGAUUGCUGUUCACUACCGCUCCCCAUCUAAUUUAAGAGGUUGAGAAAAUCUGCAAGGAAGAAUGGGAGAAAACCCAGAUGUGCCACGCUGAUACAGACAUACACGACUAAAAGAUGGAAUCGCUGCCAAAGCUGCUUCUACAAAGCAUUGCCUCAGGGGUGUGAAUUAUGUAAAUUAGAGAUUUAAUUUUCAAUACAUUUUUAAAACCAUGUUAUCACUUUUGACAUUUUGGGUAGAUGGGUGUGAUUUUUUUUUUAAAUUGUUGAAUUCAGGCUGUAAUGCAACGUGGUCAAGUGGUAUCAAUACUUUCUGAAGCCAAUGUAUGUAGUGAUGAAUAGAGCAGCAGGAUUAGGUUCAGGGUGUCGUCAGGCAACCCAAUACCUUCAUUAGUUAGGCUUUUAAAUGUCACUCGAUGGGGAAGAGGUUCACAUUUAAGAGGUUUCUGCUUUUAAUCAUGUUCUUAUUUGUAUAUUGUUAUUCCCACUAUGUAAUACAAUCUGCAUUGCAAACUAGAAUUUUGAAUAAAAGAUAAGUAGGGGAGA